GAAUAAGAAAUAUUUCUCAAACAAUCAGCUUCCAAAAGCACGCACUACCUCGGUCGCUUAAUUUUUCCGAUCUAUUUGUGAAGUUAAGAUGCCACGCGAUCCUUACCCUUUCCCAAGACUUCAGAAUGACAGCGAUUUUUGUGGACAGCAAGGAAAACAGGUUAAAGAGAAGGGAACGUUGAUGCAGGAAGGCCAAGAAGGAACACCGUGGGACAGACUCAACAAAACAGCAACACUGGCGAGUUCCAGGAGAGAAGUCUUUCAUUAUGAUCCACAGGCACCAAAUGACAGCUUGGAUUUUGUCAUCAAAUCAACAUAUGACCAUCACCAAGAGUUCCUUCAUUCCAAAGCUGAGACUUUGGUACAACCAGAAACAGCUAAUUUACCACAUGGGCGUGUCCUUAAGAAUAGACCUCCUCCAGAAGCACCAGAAAUUGACCUCUAUAAGCUUCCACUGAUGAAAAGCACCAGCGUACAGCGGCAGAGCAUACACAGUAUAAAUGGUGCUAUUGAGAGUCACCACAGUGCAGCAACAAAUGGCGGGUACUCUAGAAAACAUGAUGGAGGAUUUUAUACUUGUUAAUAUUCUUUUCUCCCUUUAACUAACAUGAAAAGCUACAUCAAGAAAAAAUCAUAUGUACAAACAUUGUGUGUAAUUGCAAUUAGUAAUCUUUUAAUAAGUUAACGUAAAUUUAGUGUCUUUUCUCUGCAUAUCUUAUGGUUUAUUUUACAUUAUUGCUUUGUGGCCUCUGUAAAAUGACGCUUUUCACUGGAUGUGUACUUAUUUCAUAAACCAAGAUACAACUUACAAUGUUCAUGGAUGGCCUCUUUUAGUUUAAAUCUAUGUAAGAUGCAAAGUUAUUCUAAUAACAAUCCUUUCUUGUCUUAUUUCCACAAAAAAAAACUUGUGUGAUACUACAGAAAAUUCUUUCAAUAAUGUCACCUUUUAAUUAAUAGACUUGAACUGUAAAUUUUAACUUUCAAAUAUAAUUGCUGAUUUCUUAUGGUAACAAAUGCUAAAAAAAUAUUUUGAGGAAAAAAGUUGCCCCAAUAAUAAUUUUGUUAUUUUAAUAAAGAGAAUUAAGAUGGA